AGUAACCAAACACAAGGUUGAUUUCACUGUUAAUCCUAAUUGCUGGAAAAAGGAAACACAAAAUGCCAGGAAAAAUUAACAUUGAAGAAAACGAAAACCCAGAUAUAUAUGAAAGGUUAAAAGUUUUAGAAGAAGAGUAUAAAGAUGGUGAUGUCACUGAGAAGGGGUACUGGAGAAAGAAAUGCAAAGUUCUAAAUGACAUUUUACCUGAAGGAGUAAAAAGAGAUAUCACUGAACUGGAAAUAGAGCUCAAAGAUGAAAAUGUUACAGAGAAAGGUUAUUUUAAGCAACUAGGAAAGUUGUUGCAGAAGUUCACUGAAUCAAACAUUUUGGCAAAUGGCAAUUCUGUGAAAAAUGGCACAGAUAAAAGUAAUAUCGAGGUCAAAGAAAACGGAUCUAACGAUAUCACAAAACACAACGGUAACCAUGCAGAUAUAGAAAAUGGUAAAAAUGGAUCUGUUGAUGAUAAAAUAGAAAACAAAGAAGAGUUAAAAGAAGUAAAUGAUGAAAACAAGGUAGAGGAAGAUAUUGAAGCAGAGGAGAAAUCUGAAGUUGCCAAGGAGAAUAAUACUGAAAAACAAGAAAUUGAAGAGGAAAAAUCUAUGGAAGUUGAAGAAAUAAAAGAUGAAGAAACACCAAGUAAGAAGUCGAAAGGAAGAAGGGGGAAGAAGUCAAAUGUAAAUCAGCCUACUAUAUCAUCAAUGUUCUCAAGAACUCCAGGAAAGAGGAAAUCUACAGCUGAUGAAGAAGUGAAGCAAGAAGAAGCAGAAGAAAAAGAUACAAAGAAAGCUAAAGUAGAAAAUGGAGAAAAAAGCGAGGAAAUGGACACUGAAAAUAAAAGUUCUUCAGAGAUGGAGAUUAAAGAAGUUGUGAAUAAAGGACCACCAGCAAAGUGCAGAGAAUGUAAACAGUUAAUUGAUGGUGACCUGAUAAUGUUCCCUGGAGCUACUGAUGAUGCAGUAGAAGAGUAUGUUGCAUUAACAGAUCCUAGAUUAUCAGUGUUUACUGGAGAUGAGGAAGAAAUUCAUAGUUAUGAUGAAAGACCUCAGCAUAAAAUCACAAAUUUCAGUGCUUAUGACAAGAAUACACAUCUGUGUCCAUUUGACACAGGCCUUAUAGAGAAGAACAUAGAAUUAUAUUUCAGUGGUUAUGUUAAACCAAUUUAUGAUGAAAACCCAGCAAAUGAAGGUGGAAUCCCUACCAGAAACAUGGGACCUAUCAAUGAAUGGUGGACUGCUGGAUUUGAUGGAGGAGAAAAUGCCUUGAUAGGAUUCAGUACAGCUUUUGCUGAAUAUAUUCUGAUGGCUCCUAGUGAUGCAUAUAAACCAUUCAUGGAUACCAUGAGAGAAAAGAUUCACAUGAGUAAAGUGUUGAUAGAAUUCCUACAGAGCAACCCUAUAGCAACAUAUGAAGAUUUACUGAAUAAAAUUCAGAUAACUGUCCCACCACAAGGAUUAAAUAGCUUGACAGAAGAUUCUUUGCUCAGACAUUCACAAUUUGUUGUUGACCAGGUACAGAGUUAUGAUGAAGCAGCUGAAGAUGAUGAAGAUCUCUUAAUUGCCACACCUUGUAUGAGAGCUUUAAUUAAACUAGCUGGUGUUACUCUUGGUAAAAGGAGACAAAUGAGAAAAGAGUUAAGAAAAACAAAGGUUAAAGAUAAGAAACCUGCUUUCACCAUGGCAGCUACAACUCCUUUGGUGACCCAGAUAUUUGACAGUAUGUUUAAAGGUCAGCUGGAUGAAAAAUCAGGACACGGCACAAAGCGUAGAAGAUGUGGUAUAUGUGAGACUUGUCAGCAACCAGAUUGUGGUAAAUGUAAUGCUUGUAAAGACAUGGUGAAAUUUGGUGGAACUGGCAGGGCAAAACAAGCGUGUGUAAACAGGAGAUGUCCCAACAUGGUUGUAAAAGAAGCAGAGGACGAAGACCUUUGGGAAGAGGACGAUAAUGAUUCAAAAUUAAAUAGUGAAAGUAAAGAAACAACUCCCACAAAGACACAUAAAACUGCAUCUAAUGCCAAGGCAAAACUGAAAUGGGAAGGAGAGGAACCUAUCAAAGUUGAUGGAAGAAACACCUACUAUGAAGCUAUUAGACUAGAUGAUGAUAUUAUUAAGGUGAAUGACUGUGUAGCAGUAAAACCACAAGACACUGGUAUCCCUGUCUACAUAGCCAGAAUAGCAUACAUGUGGGAAACCAGUAGUGGACAGAAAAUGUUUCAUGCACAUUGGUUUUGUCGAAGUAAUGACACAGUGCUAGGAGAAGCUUCAGACGACCAAGAAGUGUUCAUGAUAGAUGACUGUGAAGACAUCAAGUUUGAUGUUGUAACGUGUAAAAUUAAGGUUAUAUAUAAAGCCCCAGCAGACAACUGGCACAUGUUAGGGGGCAUUGAGCAUCCAGAAGUGGACCGAGUGGUAGAUCCAGAGGAUAACCGAAGUUACUUUUAUCAAAAAUGGUAUGAUCCAGAUUUAGCCAGAUUUGAAGAUCCACCAUCAAAUGAAGUAGAAGUUCCUGAGAAUUUAAAACAUAAACAUUGUAUUAGUUGUUACAGACUUAAUCAAAUUAGAAAGAGAGAAAUCCCAAGUCUGGGAGAAGAAUUAGAAGAUUCUACUGAUACUAGAGUAUUCUAUAAUAGUGUUUGUCGUGAUAGUGUGGACUAUAAGAUUGGCGAUGGUUGUUACAUAGAGCCAGAAGGAUUCAAUUUCAAAAUAAAACAAGUCAAGAAAUCAACAAAGUCAACUAAACAAAGUGCAGUAGAUGAAAAUCUGUACACAGAGGCCUACAGAAAAUCUGAAUACAUCAAAGGUUCAAAUGAGGAUUUACCGACACCCUUCAGAAUUGGAAGAAUUAUGGAAAUUUAUUGUAAAAAAUCACCAGGGUCAAAACUUCCUGACAUGACAAAUAUUAGAAUAAAAGUUUGUAAAUAUUACAGACCAGAAGAUACACACAAAGGAGUUACUUCUACAUAUCAUUGUGAUCUCAAUAUGUUGUACUGGUCUGAAGAAGAGGCCACAGUGGACUUCAGUUUGGUAAAAGGGAAAUGUCAAGUGGUUUACAGUGACAAUAUACAAGAUCUUCAGGCUUAUUUCCUUAGCGGUCCAAAUAGAUUUUACUUCUCAGAGGCAUAUGACAGUGAAAACAAAACAUUUGAAGAACCUCCACAUAAAGCAAGGUUACUUGGAAGCAAGGGAAAGGGUAAGGGAAAAGGUAAAGGCAAGGGCAAAGGCAAAUCAUCAUCUACACCUUCUGAGGAUGUGGAGGAGACAAAGAUACAAUGGAAACCACUCAAAUGUUUGGAUGUGUUUGCUGGUUGUGGAGGUCUGUCAGAAGGAUUUCAUCAAGCUGGCAUAGCUGAUUCUAAAUGGGCUAUAGAAAAAGAAGAACCUGCAGCACAGGCAUUCCGAUUGAACAACCCAGGAUGUACAGUGUUCACAGAUGAUUGUAAUGAGCUAUUGAGACUUGUCAUGCAGGGUGAUUCUACAAACAGAAUGGGACAAAAGCUGCCACAGAAGGGAGAAGUAGAAUUAUUGUGUGGUGGACCCCCAUGUCAGGGAUUCAGUGGCAUGAAUAGAUUUAACUCCAGAGAAUAUUCCAUGUUUAAGAAUUCAUUAAUUUCAUCGUAUUUGAGUUACUGUGAUUACUAUCGACCAAAAUUUUUCUUACUGGAAAAUGUGAGGAAUUUUGUUUCAUUCAAAAGAAGUAUGGUAUUGAAAUUGGCUCUACAAUGCUUGAUAAGAAUGGGAUAUCAAUGUACAUUUGGAGUGCUUCAGGCAGGCAGUUAUGGAGUUGCCCAAACAAGGAGGAGGGCUAUAAUUUUGGCAGCUGCACCUGGAGAAAAGCUACCAUUUUACCCCGAACCAGAACAUGUGUUCUCUCCAAGAGCCAUGCAAUUAUCUGUUCAGGUGGACGAGAGAAGGUUCAUGUCUAACAUAACAAGAAUGGUAUCGGCACCAUUUAAGACAAUAACAAUCAGAGACACAAUGUCUGAUUUACCUGAUAUAAGGAAUGGUGCCAAGGCAGAGGAGAUAUCUUACCAAGGAGAUCCACAGUCACAUUUCCAAAAACUGAUCCGAGGUAGACAACACCAGCCAAUACUCCGAGAUCAUAUCUGUAAGGAUAUGAAUGCAUUAGUUCAUGCUAGGAUGCAGCAUAUACCUUUAGCUCCUGGUUCAGACUGGAGAUCUCUUCCAAAUAUUGAGGUCAGACUGUCUGAUGGGACUAAGUCAAAGAAAUUGCAAUAUACACAUCAUGACAAGAGAAAUGGAAAAGCAUCGAACGGAAGCCUGAGAGGAGUUUGUUCCUGUGCUGAGGGGAAACAGUGUGAUCCUAUGGACAGACAAUUCAAUACUAUCGUCCCCUGGUGUUUACCUCACACAGGAAAUAGACAUAAUCACUGGGCUGGGCUGUAUGGCAGGCUGGAAUGGGAUGGCUUCUUCAGCACAACUGUAACCAAUCCAGAACCUAUGGGAAAACAGGGUCGUGUGUUACAUCCAGAACAGCACAGAGUUGUAAGUGUGCGAGAAUGUGCAAGAUCUCAGGGAUUUCCUGACACAUACAGAUUCUUUGGAACCAUACUAGACCGACAUAGACAGGUUGGAAAUGCAGUGCCACCUCCAAUGGGAAGGGCUAUUGGUUUAGAAUUAAAGAAAAGUCUUGAAUGGAAAGCACAGAAAGAGCCAAAACAAGAAGAGGAAGAAAGUGUGAAAGAAGAAGGGAUGGAAGUUGAAUCUAAAAUUGAAGAAUCACCCGUCAAAGCUGGUUCAUCUAAAUGUUAAUAUCGGUUGGAUGUGUGAAAUUAUGGGAUAGAUAUUGAUAUGAAUCAUGUGAAUUGUGUAUGGAAAUAUGGAUCUUAUCAUUGAUAUGCAGUGAUCUUAUCAUUACCUGAAUAUUGAAAGCAAAUCCAAAAGAUUAGUAUUCAAGAUUGGAUUAUGAAAGAUGGAGGUGAUAGUUGCUGAAAGUAUGUUAGGAAAUAGAAUUGAGGCAAUUUCAAAAUAUAUUGUAUUAAAUUUUACCUUGAUGCUAUAAAUAUAAUUAAGUUAUUUGAAAUUUUUAAAACAUCAUUGUUUAUGAAACUUUUCGCGAAGAGCAUUCAAAGAUUAUGUACAAUAUUUCUAUUUGUAUACAAUAUUUUUAUUAUUAUACAUUGUAUGUUUAAAUUGAUUCGUGUGUUAUUUAAGAAUAUAUGUGAAUGUUAUGUAGGUGCCAAAAUAAUUAGUGCUGUACAAGUCAUCUCUUUUCAGUAAAGAUUCAUAUACCAAUUUUUGUCACAAAUUUAUUGAAAUAAUGUAUUAAAUUCAUAUUGCUUUCUUAAAUUAUUAUAACCUUCAAUGUACCAUCAACAUGAAUUCAUUGCUGAUUAUGAAAUAGUUGAAAAAGUUUAAUGACAAGAUAAAGAAACCAAUAAUUUUAGUUACAUUUACCUUUAGUUUUAUUCUAAAAGUUCUUGUAUCCUUAAUUUAGUAAAUGUGUAAUUUUGCUUGUACUUAAAAAUUAUGUGAGAACAGUUCUAAUAUGAAUAUAAAAUUAAUUAAGAAAUUAAAGAGUAUUAUCAGUUACAGUUGAACCUUGAUAUGUCAAAGUUCUAUUUUACAUUCAUUGCAAUACAAUAUACCGAGUACUGUAAAUUCAGAAAUUAUUGCGUGCAUUUAUUAUUGCGAUUUUUUCAUUUUAGACUCAAAUGCGAUUUCAAUUUUUGCAAUAUUGAGAAAAAUCCUGUUAAAUUCAUAUAAAAAAUUUCAAAAUGUGAGUUUAAAUUAUUGCGAUUAUGACCCUGUCGUAUUUUUCGCUAUAAUAAAAACCUCGAAAUAAUUUCUGAAUUUAUAGUAAUAAGAAAACAAUUGAAUUUCUGAAUAACCAUACAGUAGAUUUGAAAUUCAAAAGGAUCGAGUUACUGGAUAUUAAACAAGCAACAAUCUAUCAAUCAAAAUUAUCAAUAUAUUGUAUGAUACAUUCACGAUGUAUACAAAUAGUUGUUAAAUGUAGCAGCAUGCAGAUGUUUAUUAAAGGACUAAAUAUAAGCUACAGUUAUGCUGACUAAAUUGUAUAAAUGAAAUCUCAGUAAAAGAAAUGCAAUGUUUUACUUUUUUCAAGGAAAUUGUAUAUAUAGAUUAAAAAUUCAUGUGAAAAUCAUUAUUGAACAUUAAAUAUUUAUUCAUAACAAA